GCACUGGUGGGCAGCACUGGUGGGUGGGCACAGGUGGGUGGCACUGGUGGGCACAGGUGGGUGGGCACAGGUGGGUGGCACUGCUGGGCACAGGUAGGUGGCACUGCAGAGUGGCACAGGUGGGUGCACCGCUGGGCACAGGUGGGUGAUCUGCUGGGCACAGGUGGGCGGAACUUGCAGGUGGCACUGCUGGGCACCGAUCAUCAGGGCACUGAUCAUCAGUGCCCUGAUGAUCGGUGCCGAUCCCCGCUCUGACAACUGCCGGUUCUCGGCAGUACUUUCCUCACGAUCUGACAGCGUGAGGAAAGUGCAGCCGAGAACCGGCACUUGCAU